AUGGAGCUACUAUUAACAAAUGUGAUGAAUCGCUUGACUUACACUGUGGAUGGGUAUUCGUCGAUGAAUGACUGUCUGAAGAGGAGUCCUAUAUCUAUUGCUGCAGCAGUUAUUUACAUUGUGACUCAGCUUUCAGAUGAUAAGAAGCCCCUCAAAGACGUUGCGCUUGCAACUGGAGUUGCAGAAGGGACAAUCAGAAAUUCCUACAAGGAUCUUUUCCCCCAUCUUUCAAAGAUAAUACCGAGCUGGUAUGCCCAAGAAGAGGCCCUGAAGAACCUAUGCAGCCCUUAA